CACACACUCCACUCAUCUCAUACACCGACCGAUGAAGAAAACACUAGUGUAAACGGUUUUUGUAAAAGCCGGAACCGUAAUAUGACAAUUCUAAAAAACGAUCUACGGAACUCGCUUCAUUGACGUGUACGCACUGACCGAGCACUGACAAAGGACGAUGGCCGGUAAAACUUCCACCCAGGAUGAAGAGGAGUUGUUCGCCCGCCCCCGAGUCAGGGGGAUCGAGCUGAUGAGGAACCCCACGUCGAACAAGGGCAUGGCAUUCUCGCUGAAGGAACGUUUGCUAUUGGGCAUACACGGACUUCUGCCGCCGGUGUUCCUGGACCAGAGCGACCAGGUGGCCAUAAUCAUGGAAAACUUCUACCGGUGGCAGAACGACCUUGACCGCUACAUCUACCUGAUGUCGCUCCAGGACCGAAACGAAAAGCUCUUCUACCGGGUCGUCACCGAGCACGUGGAGACGAUGAUGCCCAUCAUCUACACCCCGACUGUCGGCCUGGCCUGCCAGAAGUAUGGCGUCGUCUACAGAAAACCCAGAGGCCUGUACAUCACCAUAAACGACAUCGGCCACGUCUAUGACAUCUUGUGCAACUGGCCAAUUGAUGACGUCAAGACGAUUGUAGUGACCGACGGAGAACGGAUUCUGGGACUCGGUGACCUCGGCUCGUAUGGAAUGGGAAUCCCAGUAGGCAAACUGGCCCUGUAUACCGCCCUCGCAGGGGUCCAUCCCGACCAGUGCCUCCCCAUCAUGCUGGAUGUCGGGACAGACAACGAGACAUUGCUUAAAGAUCCCAUGUACAUUGGUUUGAGACAGAAGAGAGAGCGAGGCCCGGCUUACGACCAGCUGGUUGAAGAAUUCAUGAACAAAGUUGUUAAAAGAUACGGGGAAAAUGUUCUUGUGCAGUUUGAAGACUUUGGAAAUCGGAAUGCAUUUCGCUUGCUGGAGAAAUACAGAUACAAGUUCUGCACAUUCAAUGACGACAUCCAAGGGACAGCCUCCGUCGCCAUGGCAGGCAUAUUUGCCAGUCUCAAGCUUACCGGGAAGAGUUUAGCGGACAACAGAUUCGUUUUUCAAGGAGCAGGCGAGGCAUCUAUUGGUAUCGCUGAGUUGAUAGUGAAGGCUAUGGUAGUCCGAGGACUGACAAUUGAGCAAGCUGUCCAGAGGAUCUGGAUGGUGGAUUCCAGAGGGCUCAUCGUCAAGAACCGCCCAUCUGGUGGUGUGACAGAACACAAAAUCAAGUUUGCCAGAGAUCAGAAACCCAUUGAGAAACUAGAAGACGUCAUCAAAAUGGUUAAACCUACAGCUAUUAUUGGUGCCUCGGCAAUAGCUGGAGCCUUCACUGAAACCAUACUGAGGAUGAUGGGCAAGUUCAAUGAUCGACCGGUCAUAUUCGCCCUCAGUAACCCCACCAGUAAAGCUGAAUGUACGGCGGAACAGGCUUACACCUUUACAGAGGGUAAGGCUGUGUUCGCUAGUGGCAGUCCAUUCCCGCCAGUGACGUACAAAGGCAAGACGUUUUACUCGGGACAAGGAAACAACGCCUACAUCUUCCCGGGGGUCGGGCUGGCGGUCACAGUGUGCGACAUUCGCAGCAUCACGGAGGACGUGUUUCUAGAAGCCGCAGAGACUCUGUCGGAGAUGGUGACAGCGAAAGACUUGGCAGAAGGUCGUAUAUACCCUCCGCUCAGUGACAUCCGACGCGUGUCCACGUCCAUAGCGGUGAAAAUCGCAGAGUUCGCCUACAAGACCGGCCUGGCUUACCAUCAACCAGAACCCGGGGACAAAGCGAAGCUUAUACAAGAACACCAGUACAAGACGGACUAUGAACAGUUUAUUUCGCCGAUUUACGAUUGGCCCAAUAAUCCAGCCAAAAUCUGAUGAUAACACGUUUUAGUGGAUCACAGACAAAACACAUAUUAUAUUUUUUAGUAAUCAUUCAACGUAACAACAUAAACAUUUAUUAUUUUGAAAUCUAUAUUCAGUAAAUUUUAUUGUAGCAAACUGUUAGUGUUACUGACUUCGUUGAUUCAAUGGUUCACAGAAAAUUUUAAAGAGACUAGCCAGAAUUUGCUGUCAUUUAAUGUGUUUCUAACUAAUAAUAUAAUAUAAUAUUUAAGCAGUUUUAAGGAUUAUAAUUUCUUAUUACAUAUAAUUUCUUGUUUAGUGAUCCUGGAUGACACAAGUCUUUUGACUUUUGACAAUUGUGUGUUUCCAGGAAUUUGUGGGAAAAAAUUUGAUGGAGUAGGUCGGCUUUUAAUUUGUUUUUAUUCCAUUCAGCCCAUGGGUUUAGAUAAAAUGCUGUGUAUAUAAUCUUUUCGCUUACAUAUUAAUUAAAAACAAAAUAAGGAAAGAAUACAUAAAAAAACACCUUAGGGUCGGCCUUCUUUUCUAGGUAGUGUCGGGUUCCAGAAAACGCACAAUAUUUUGUUUGUUUUAGGUCUAAUGUUUGUUGUAGUUCAAACUUCCUUUGUAUAUCUAAUAUAUAUUUCUUCAUACAUAGAACGUUUUUCAGAGUUAAAGGCAUAUUGUCACAGACCACUGACCUAUUAAAUAG